AUGUCGACAUCGGAGUAUAUGAAUGAAUUCAAAUGUAGCUUUUCCGUGGUGGCUUGCAUUUUUCUAACAUUUUCAUAUGUUUCAAGUUUAUAUGUAUGGAGGUCUAAAUUAAGCAGAGACCACCCGUCUACGAUAAAAAGAAGAUUCUUUAGUGUUUCUGUAAUGAUGCUUCUAGCACCAUUCUUUGUUCAGAUUUUCUUUACCAAAGAGACUUUAAAUAAAGGGGACUUGUUUACACAAAUGGGAUUGCGUUGGUCUGGGAUUAUACUGGCCGUAAUUGUACCGUUAUUUUUAACUGCUGUACUUUUUUUGGGACCACUGAUUAUGCAAUUUUAUUCAGGCGUAUGGAAAAUCUAUACAGGUAUAACAGGAGAACCAGUCUAUUGGUUUGCGAGUUGGCAAGAUUUGGUGUGGGUGAGGAAUCAUGUCAUGGCACCACUUAGUGAAGAAUGGGUGUUUAGAGCUUGUAUGACUCCACUGUUGCUACAAUGUCUUGAACCCAUGACAGCUGUGUUUGUUGGACCUGUCCUUUUUGGAAUAGCCCACUUCCAUCAUAUGUUGGAGCAAAUUAAAGCAGGCUUUGCAUUUAAGACAGCUUUAUUGGUAUCCACGUUCCAGUUCACAUACACCAGUAUGUUUGGUGCUUAUUCUGCAUAUCUGUUUCUUAGGACAGGUCAUUUUGUCGCACCGCUGGUUGUCCACAUGUUCUGCAAUCAUAUGGGUUUCCCAAACUUCGGCGAGAUUCGUGAAUUCCCGCCGUUGCAACGUUUAGUUAUUGCUAUGAGCUUUUUAUUGGGGCUUGGUCUGUGGUGUCUUCUCCUGGUACCUUUAACUAAUCCAGAACUUUACAACAAUAGGUUACACUGGGAAACUUGA